AUUCGACUAUCCCGACCAAGCAGACGCCUUCGAGUGAGGUACGGCUCCAGGUGGCGACAAGUGAUUGUGAGAUCACGAAGAUUCCGCCUGCGAUAUGGUAGGAAAUUGCUUAUGCUUCGUAUUAAAAGGGGAUUCAUUAAGAUAUAUCGAGGAAGACGUUGGUACCGAGUGAAACGGCGGUCUCGCAGAGUCCCUCGGCGCAGGAGAGUACGAAGGCGAAGGAGGAGAUUGCGACGACGAAGGCGAAGACAACGAAGGCGAAUCCGACGAAUGCGGCGACGAAAAAGGCGACAGCGGCGACGGCGUAGGUUACGAAGACGAAGAGCCAGGAUACGCAGACGAAUGCGACGAUUUAGACGAAGACAAUUGAGAAGACGCAGAAGAAAAUAUGGAAGGAGACGAAGAAUACGCUGGAAACGAAGACGCAUAAGUGUGCUUCGAAUAUUUUACAGAGGGCGAUGGAUGAAAGCUUAUCGAAUUGGACGUUCACUGAGAUUCCGAUACGGUAGAAUAAGAUGUCGUCGUGGUGUUGUUAGCAUCGGUGUUGGAAGAAGAUGGCAUAGGAUGACCAGACUUAGGGGUAGAGUGCAAGUACUCUACCACCGCAUCUGGAGGAGUCUGAUACGUAAGAGGCGAAUGAUAGUCGUUCGAAUAGGCCGCAAACUAAUGAAGAUUUCCAUUCGUCACGGGCGAGUACAGAUGCUUAUCCCAAGCCAUUACGAAACGGUAAAACCGAAGCCGAAACCAAAACCAAGACCACGACGGAGGCGACCGACGAGAAGAAGACGAGGGCGUUAUGGACGUGCGAGAGGACGAAGAAGGCGACAGCGUUGGCGACGACGAUUACAACGACGACGUCGAAGACGUAGACGGCGCUACAUACGCCGACGCAGGCGGCCUAUGAUUCUUUUCUAUUACCGCAGAAGUUGGAGACCGAUUGUGAGGUGGCGGGGUGGAUACAGGAUGCGUUACCAUCGUCGAUGGAUAACCUUCCGAUAUCUUAGAGGACGAUACUUCCGAGUAACGUACAAAGGAAAAAGCCGCAUAAUACGUCGAAUCACACGGCGUUUCAAGGUCCGCGUGGGUUUUGGUUGGCGCUAUAUCGUAAGACGUCGUGGAAGGCUUGUUCUUCGGUUUAGACGGCGGUACAGACCAUUCAGAUUAACGGGAGGACGGCUCAUGAUACGCUACGGUCGGCGCUGGAGAGUAAUCAGGAGAAAGCCACGACGACCAAGACGGCGAAAGAAAUGGAGACGGAGACGAAGACGACGACGAAGGCGGCGAGUGAGACGUCGGCGUCGUCGAUACCGACGCCGUCAGCGACGAAUAAGACGACGCAACGUUCUUCAUUUUAAAUAUGGCCGAAGGUGGAUCCCAGCUUACCGCCGAGGUAGAUACCUAAGAGCUCGAAUCAGGGGUGCAUGGAGAAGAAUAAGGUAUGACAUCACAAUCAUUCUCUCAUAUCAGAUUACAAUUUUCAAAUUAUGUAUCUCUUUCUUCUUGUGCAGGUGUCGCCGUGGCCGCUGGAGUGUAUGGAAGAGGCGAAGAUGGUUUAAACUUCGCCGUAGAAACCGUGUGAAGAUGCGCUAUCGCGGACGGUGGAGACGAAUUUUAUACAGACGCCGUAAAUUUGUGGUACGUAUAAAGCAACGUUACAGAAAGGUAUCGGUCCGCCGCGGAAGAUUGAGGCUACGUUUUAGACGAAGAAGACGAAGACGACGACGACGGCGACGAAGGAAAGGUUACUUGAGGAGGACGAGGAGAAGAAGACGGCUUUGGUUGGGGAGGCGACGACGGUUAGGUCGACUGAAACGGCUGAGACGAUUAAGACGCCUCAGACGACUGAGAAGAAGAAGGAAACGACAAAGGGUAAGGCGAAGAUGGCGGAGACGAAAGUUACGACGAGCGAGAAGAAGGCACAGGAGGAGAAGGCGACGAACUAGAAGAACAAGAAGACGCAGAAGAAGGCGCAGACGACGCAGACGAAGGCGCCGUAGGCGACUGGCCAGAAGCGUAGCGCUAAUCUACUUCGCAAGAAGGUGGAGACGUACUUUCAGAAGAGGAAACAGGAUGGUUUUCCGAAUGGGACGAAGAUUUAUAGUAGUCAGAUUUGGCUAUGGAAAAGUGAGCAUUUUCAGACGAAGAUGGAUUCGACUAUCCCGACCAAGCAGACGCCUUCGAGUGAGGUACGGCUCCAGGUGGCGACAAGUGAUUGUGAGAUCACGAAGAUUCCGCCUGCGAUAUGGUAGGAAAUUGCUUAUGCUUCGUAUUAAAAGGGGAUUCAUUAAGAUAUAUCGAGGAAGACGUUGGUACCGAGUGAAACGGCGGUCUCGCAGAGUCCCUCGGCGCAGGAGAGUACGAAGGCGAAGGAGGAGAUUGCGACGACGAAGGCGAAGACAACGAAGGCGAAUCCGACGAAUGCGGCGACGAAAAAGGCGACAGCGGCGACGGCGUAGGUUACGAAGACGAAGAGCCAGGAUACGCAGACGAAUGCGACGAUUUAGACGAAGACAAUUGAGAAGACGCAGAAGAAAAUAUGGAAGGAGACGAAGAAUACGCUGGAAACGAAGACGCAUAAGUGUGCUUCGAAUAUUUUACAGAGGGCGAUGGAUGAAAGCUUAUCGAAUUGGACGUUCACUGAGAUUCCGAUACGGUAGAAUAAGAUGUCGUCGUGGUGUUGUUAGCAUCGGUGUUGGAAGAAGAUGGCAUAGGAUGACCAGACUUAGGGGUAGAGUGCAAGUACUCUACCACCGCAUCUGGAGGAGUCUGAUACGUAAGAGGCGAAUGAUAGUCGUUCGAAUAGGCCGCAAACUAAUGAAGAUUUCCAUUCGUCACGGGCGAGUACAGAUGCUUAUCCCAAGCCAUUACGAAACGGUAAAACCGAAGCCGAAACCAAAACCAAGACCACGACGGAGGCGACCGACGAGAAGAAGACGAGGGCGUUAUGGACGUGCGAGAGGACGAAGAAGGCGACAGCGUUGGCGACGACGAUUACAACGACGACGUCGAAGACGUAGACGGCGCUACAUACGCCGACGCAGGCGGCCUAUGAUUCUUUUCUAUUACCGCAGAAGUUGGAGACCGAUUGUGAGGUGGCGGGGUGGAUACAGGAUGCGUUACCAUCGUCGAUGGAUAACCUUCCGAUAUCUUAGAGGACGAUACUUCCGAGUAACGUACAAAGGAAAAAGCCGCAUAAUACGUCGAAUCACACGGCGUUUCAAGGUCCGCGUGGGUUUUGGUUGGCGCUAUAUCGUAAGACGUCGUGGAAGGCUUGUUCUUCGGUUUAGACGGCGGUACAGACCAUUCAGAUUAACGGGAGGACGGCUCAUGAUACGCUACGGUCGGCGCUGGAGAGUAAUCAGGAGAAAGCCACGACGACCAAGACGGCGAAAGAAAUGGAGACGGAGACGAAGACGACGACGAAGGCGGCGAGUGAGACGUCGGCGUCGUCGAUACCGACGCCGUCAGCGACGAAUAAGACGACGCAACGUUCUUCAUUUUAAAUAUGGCCGAAGGUGGAUCCCAGCUUACCGCCGAGGUAGAUACCUAAGAGCUCGAAUCAGGGGUGCAUGGAGAAGAAUAAGGUACCGUAAUUCCAGGAUUGGAAUUCGCUAUGGCAAGAGAUGGCGAUGGUUGAGCAGAAGGCCAAUAAAGUUCCGCUUUGGUCGGCGCUGGCGAUUACUGCGAUAUUACCGCGGAAAACCUCGUAUCCGAUUCAGAAAUAAAAUGUGGCCAGUGCGUAUAGUACGCGGCAGAUUCCGGAUAAAAUACAAAGGGCUUCUGAGAAGACCGAGGACACGUAGAACCAUACGAAGAAGAAGACGAAGGCGAAGACGAAGAAGAUCACGCCGGAGAAAGAGAAGAAUGAGACGACGGCGUCGGCGAAGGCGAAGAGGAAGGCGCGUAAGACGUGGCUGCGUCAUGCGUGUAUGGUUUAGAAGGCGAUUUAGAAAGAUUUACAGGCGAGGAAGGCGCCUUGUGAUGCGUUUUAAACGUCGAUUUAGAAUUGUGAGAUAUCGACCCAGAUUAGGAAAGAUCUUAUUACGGCGCAGACGAGGGUGGAGAUCCAUCAAACGUCGACCUCAGUUCCUCGUCAGACGCCGAUGGCGUCCUACAAGACGAUACAGAGGCAGGAUCUGUGUCCGGGUAGGUCGAAAAUACCGCAGAAUCGGGUUCAGGCGCGGAAAACCUGUGUAUCGUGUCAGAAGGAGGUGGAGACGAAUCAUACCGAGACGUAAACGAAAAGGUCGCCGCAUACGCAGACGUAAAUACCGACGCUUCAAGCGGAAGAUGCGACGCGUAAGGCGCUAUCGAAGACGAAAGAGGCGCAGAAUCAGACGUAUCCGGCGAUACAGACGUCGCAACAGCCCGUUCAAGAUCUAUUACCGCAGAAAGACAAGGAAGAUCUUCAGGUGGAAAGGUAGAUUAACAUUCCGCCUUGGAGGACGCCGAAGGAGAAUCAGGUAAUAUUCUCUUUACUCUUCUGAACGCGUUCAUCUAAAAGAAAAAUGGUUUAUCAGACAUCCUUCCUAGACAAGGUGAAACUUGAUUUUUUGUUCGUAAGUCGUGAACCUCAUUGUAC